AUGGCUCCUAUCAAUCAGUGUUUGCAGAGUUGUGGAUUAGGUGAUAUUACUAGCACUGGUUGCUUAUAUACUUGGAACAAUAAGCAAAGUGGGAAUGCUAGAGUGUUUUCUAAACUAGAUAGAAUUCUAGUGAAUGAAGCAUGGGGAGAGAGGUAUGAGCAUGCCGCAGGAAAGUUUUUACAAGAAGGUGAAUUUGAUCAUACCCCUGCCAUAUUGGCAGUGUAUCCUCAAAUGCCUAGAGGAAGAUGUCCAUUCAAAUACUUCACUAUGUGGAGACUGUCUUCUCAAUUCAUUGACAUAGUGUCCAGGAAUUGGCAAGUGCAUGUGCAAGGUACUAAGAUGUAUGCUGUUGUACAGAAAAUGAAGAAGAUCAAGAAGGAAUUGAAAGAGCUUAAUAGAGUAGGAUUCCAUGAUAUUGAAGGUUCUGAAAUAAAAGCUCAUCAGGAGAUGGUUGAUGCUCAAUUAUUAAGGCAUCAAGAUCCUGAGAAUAUUGAACAUGCUAAUGCUGAAAUUCAUGCAGUAGAGGAGUAUAAAGUUAAACAUCAAGCUCUGGUUGAAUUUAUUCAGCAAAGAGCAAAAGUAGAUUGGGUGAAGGGUGGUGAUGAGAUUACUAAGCUCUUUCAUAGAAGUAUUAGAGCUAGGAGAGUCCAGAAUAAUGUGUAUGCCAUCUCUGAUAUGAAUGGAGUCUGGAGAGAUAAACCAGAGGAGAUUUCUGAAGCAUUUCUAAGCUAUUACAAGUACUUGCUAGGUACUUCACAGAGUAAUAGAAGGAAUGUGUACCCUCAGAUUGUGAAGAAUGGUCCUCUCAUAAAUGAGACUCAUAAAAGGAUCCUCAUGGCUCCUUAG